CAAAAUGGAAUAUUGAUGCUUCACAAGAGUUACCAUCAUAUAUGAGGAUUAUUUAUCAAGAUCUUUUAGAUGUUUACAAUGAAAUUGAGAAAGAGUUGGCAAAUGAAAACAAGUCAUUUCUAGUCAACUAUUCCAUAAAUGAGGGAUGGGAGAGAAUAGCAACUAAAGAUGCAUUUGAUUGGCUAACAAAUGAACCUCCAAUACUUGUUGCAUCUUGUAUCAUUACUAGAUUACUCAAUGAUCUUUUAUCACAUGAGGAAGAGCAAAAAAGAGGAGAUGCAGCUUCUGGUGUUGAAUGUUAUAUGAAAGAAUAUGGUGUUAGAAAGGAAGAAGCACACACAAAGAUAAGAAACAUAAUAGAAAAUUAUUGGAAGGAUUUGAAUGAAGAAUACUUUAAAGUGGAUGCGACUAUUAUAACAAGAGUUCUGCUUAUGCCUAUAAUUAAUCUUACAAGAGUAUCUGAGUUCAUGUAUAAAGAUGAAGAUGCUUAUACUUUUUCCAAAAAUAACUUGAAAUGUGUCAUCUCUGAAAUACUAGUUGAUCCUAUUAUAUAG